CCCCCCAUCCCCUCCCCGCACGCCUUCCUCCUCCACGACCUCACGGACCGCGUCGCCGCGCUCGAGCUCGCGGCCCGCGCGGCCGCCCCGCAGCCCGCGCGACGCAAGUACACCUACGCCGCCACGGAGCCCGGCGGCCGCAAGGUGAAGUGGACGGCGGAGGACAAGCCGCGCGGCGGGGGCCGGGCGCUCAAGUGGGAGGCGGAGCUCGCCUCCCCCAACGACGACGGCUUCGACCGCAAGUGGAGGUGGGAGGCCAAGUCCAAGCCCGGCGGCAAGGCCAAGACCAAGUGGGGCACCGAGAUCAAGGGCAAGGGCUCGCUCCAGCCAUGGUCGCACGCAUACACCUGGGAGGAGGACUUCACCGCCUCCGACGACGACGAUGAGCUGGAGGUCGAGGAGCGCAGGCCGGAGAAGCCCAAGAAGAUCAAGGCCGCCGCCAAGGACAAGGAGGAUGACAAGAAGAAGAAGAAGCCGGCGAGGACGUGCGUCCAGAUCGAGGAGAUCCCCGAGGACAACACCGCCGGAUGCGACGCCAUCCGCAAGGCUUUUGCCAUGGGGAACGGCAAGGGGAAGGCCAAGGAGCUGUCGCCGCAGGACGCCGCGCUGCUCAUCCAGAUGAACUACAGGGCGCACCUCGCCCACCGCUCCCAGGUGCUCCGCUGCCUGCGCGACCUCGCCGUCGCCAAGGCCAAGCUCAAGGAGCUCAGGUCCCUCUUCUACAACCUCUCCUACAGGCGCCGCCUCUCGCAUGACCACGAGGAGCGCCAGAGGUUCUCUGAGAAGAUCAUUGUCCUGCUCCUCACUGUCGAUGCGCUCGAGGGACCUGACUUCAUGGUGAGGACGGCGAAGAAAUCUAUGCUGGAGGAACUGGAGAGCAUGCUGGAGAUCGUGGACCCGCAGCCACCAGGGAAGCAGAGGUCGUUCAACCGCCGCAAGUUCGAUCUUCCAGAGGGCGGAGCGAUCCCAAAUGAGAAAACCGCUGGCGUGAACAACGCUGUCAGAGUCAUCAACACUGGCAAGGGCAAGCAGUAGGCACUAGCGCCUCGUUUAGUGCCCGGUACCAUGGCCGAUCGAUGGAGCUUGUAGCGCUGCUUUGUCUGUGAGAUAGUCCGGUUCGUCUUAGAUUUCUAGUACCUUUGAGAUUUGAGAAGGGUUGAACUUGUCGUGCACCAUUAUCCGGGAUGUCGUAGCGUGUAUGAACCGUAUUGUUUGUUUGGACUUGUUGUAAUGUAUGCUGUUGUUGAACUACCAGUAGAAGAGUUUGGUGCUUUAAUUA